UGCUCACGCUGUCUGCCCUAUCGACAAUGCUGUCAGGAAGUGGACUUUCGUGUUUGCUACUAUUAUUUGAUGCACUUCUCCAUACCUCAUACACGUCGGCAGCGCGGAUAUCCAACGAGAGACGACGAGACGACACGAAUCCACCUGCCACAAGGCUUGGGGUGAAGGAGCAUUUUCAGAUUGUUACACAGCACAAUAGACUGCGUAGUCGGGUCAGUCCUAUUGCGGCGAACAUGCAGAAAAUGGAGUGGAGCGAGCCUCUGGCUCUCCUGGCUCAAGAGAGGGCAGUGUCCUGCUCCUCGGAUGCCGCUCUCCCGGAGCAGAGCCUGGGGGAGCACGUAGGCUGGAACGUCCAGCAGGCAGCGCAUGAGGAAGCCUCCUUCGCCGAGGUCAUCAACGCCUGGUUCCUCGAAGGCCAGGACUACGUCUACCUGGAUGGCCAGUGCAGAGAGAAUAGCACCUGUCAACAUUACACACAGCUGGUGUGGGCCACCUCCAGACGCGUGGGCUGUGCUCAGCAUGUGUGCAGGACGGGAGGCUCCCUGCGGGACGUGUUUGUGUGCGCCUACUCCCCUGGGGGGAACUGGGAGGUGAAUGGCAGGCCUGUGGUGCCUUAUAAGGCUGGAGACUACUGCUCCCUCUGCACGUCGGCCAUGUCAGGAUGCUUCAGGCUCUGGGACCAUGUUGGCGGGCUUUGUGAGACUCCACGAAACCCGUGUCGGAUGAGCUGCGGGCAGCACGGCCGUCUGAACGUCUCCUCCUGCCAGUGCCACUGCUUUCCUGGCUUCACCGGCCGUUUCUGCCAGGUGCGCUGCAGUGUCCGGUGUGUCCACGGCCGCUACAGAGAGGAGGAGUGCUCGUGCCAGUGUGAUGUGGGCUACGGCGGGGCUCAGUGUGCCGAGAAGCUGCAGUUCCCCUACCACAGCUGUGACCUGCAGAUUGAUGGUGAAUGCUUCAUGGUGUCUCCAGAGGCGGAGACAUACUACACAGCCAAGCUGCAGUGCCAGGACAGAGGAGGCGUUCUCGCUCAGAUCCACAAUCAGAAGGUGCAGGACAUCCUGGCCUUUUACCUCAGCCAGCUGGAGACCACAAAUGAGGUGACAGACCCUGACUUUGAGACCAGGAACUUCUGGAUAGGACUUACGUACAAGACCCUGAAGGAUGCUUUUCGCUGGGACACUGGAGAGAGUCCUAUUUUCACCAGCUUUGCUUUUGGACAGCCUGAUAACCUAGGCUUUGGGAACUGCGUAGAGAUGCAGGCUGCCAGCGCCUUCAACUGGAAUGACCAGCGCUGUAAAACACGCAACAGAUACAUCUGCCAGUUUGCUCCGGAGCAUAUAGCAGUAUGGGAGAGAGGCCGGUGAUUGGGCCUGUAACUGCACAUAAGGAUCCUGAGGCAGAGGGAACAGAGAGAGAAAGUGUGUGUGUGUGUGUGUGUGUGUGUUUCCUGAGAUGAGACUGCAUCUCAGUCCUCCUGUCUGCUCUGCACGGCACUUCCAGUCAUCAAGGCACCUCCCAGGGGCUGCUGCUGAAUCUCCAUUCCCCCUCUGACAUUCUCUUCAGGUUCGUGAUAAAGAGAUACUGGAACAUGCUGUUACUGAGACCUUACUCACCGCCUCAAACCACCACCACCACCACCACCAUCACCACCACCUGUCCACCUGUCCCACCCACUCUCCCACCUUCUUUUCUUUUUGGACUCGGCUCGGAGGACAGGUCCUAUUUUUAAUUAUCUACAGCAGUGAGAGCACUUACUUACUUCAUUCACUCACUCACUCCCCCAUUCACUCACUUACUCACUCACUCACUCCCUCAUUAAUUCACUCACACUCAUUCCCUCAUUCACUCCCUCAUUCAUUCCCUCAUUCAUUCCCUCAUUCACUCCCUCAUUCAUUCCCUCAUUCACUCCCUCAUUCAUUCACUCACUCACUCUCUACUCCUCCUGUCCAUUCUGUAUUCAUGCUCUGUGCAGCAGUUGGACACUGACUGUCAAAAUAGAUUUGAUGCAUUGGGGGGUGAUGGUGAGGGUGGGUGGGAUGGGAGAGUGGCAGCAAGCCUGGGUCCCUCCCCAAAAAAAGCCUCCUCCGCAGCUCUCCUGAAGUCUUCCAGUGCCUGGUCCUCUCUUCUCCAUAUUCCAGCGGGCCUCGGCCCCAUCCAUAUUAAUGGGGCUGAUAAACACAUGGCACUGAGGCAGUGGAGCAGUCCUCUGCCAUCACGGGCCAGGAGCCUCUCUGUUUGGAUUUCACUCCAUCUGUAUUUCA